UUAGCAUUGUCUAACUGUCUAGUGUUGAGAUGGAGAUGAGUGGCCUCCUGAGUGUUCUGCUGGUCACAUCAGCAGCCUUGCUGUUUAUAGCUAACGGACAGAGCAACUAUGAUAUGUUGAGGGAGAUUGACAAGAAACAUGUUGACAUGGCUAUAACAUAUGCAAACAAGAAUAGUGCGUUUAUGAAAUACAAUCAAAAAGAGCACCUCAAUUUUUUACAAGUUAUUGGACAAUCUGAGAUCAAUGCUCGGGAAUUUAAAAUCAACUUGUUGUUGAAAGCAACAGACUGCCCUAAGGCCAGUAGUGAUAGUGAACAUAAACAUCGCCCUGAGUGUGGCUUUAAAUCCAGAAGGCCUUAUAUAAACUGUGUUGUUUGCCGCAAAGACUUCCAUGACAGCACUGACCCCUACAUUGACUGUGUUCUCCAAAAAGAUGUGAAGAAGCAAGAUAACAUUCGAUAUAACAAGUGUUCAUCUCUUCAACGUGGAGAGCGUACAACUUUAUCCUUACGUGCCGGAGAAGAAGACCUUCAGACUGGAUGCCUCGGCUGUUUCUGAGAACUAAUGAUCAGAGGCCGUCCUUAUAAAGCACUUCUGUCUUUGGAUUUAUAAUGUAGCCUUUUGGGAGUUUUGGUUGGAAUUUUCAAAACAAUGCAAUUGUCUCAAAAAUACUCUUUCCAAUUUUGAAUCCCUUAUAUUAUCGUAUUCCACAUAGAUAAAUAUUCUUAAACAUACCCUCCUUUGCUGAUACUCCACAUAUAUUUAAAGAAAAAGUGAGAACAGUCUGCUACUUAAGAUUCACAUGGAUUACCCCACAACUUAUUUCAAUGUUGUACGUUUACGAAAUAAUAUUACUGUUGAAAGUAAAGCUUACUCUAAUUUAACCAGUAUGAGGGGUGAAAUAAGGAUGUUAUUGGAUUCUUUUUUUCUAAAUCUUUGUUUUACAAUUUUGGGAAGAAAAUUGCCUGUAUGUCUGCAUAUGUCUUGCAGUGUAAAAUGAUUGCAGCUCUGUUUCUACUUCUCUCAGGGCAGCCAGGUCUGCCUGUGACCGCAGAUCACCACUAGGUUUUUAUAGGUAACAUAAUGAACUUAGGGUCUGGUCCCUAUGGCCAGGCUGUGUUCACUGAGUCUGCACAUUGUCAAUUCAGUAUUUUCCUUAGUCACUGUGAAACAUAUGUCUGUAGACCAAACAGCAUUAAAGUUUGCUUUGGGAGGUUAACAACCUUCUGGUUGGA